AUGACCAUGAGCACCUCAACCGAUGCGGGCACCGGCGGCGGAAGCGGCAGCAAGGGCAGCAAGGGCAGCAGCGCCCACGACGACACAGACAUCCACUUCGGCCCCUUCAAAGUAACCAACCAAGUCUUUCUGCGAACCCCUCACUCUUUCGCCCUGGUGAACCUCAAACCUUUGCUGCCAGGGCACGUCCUCGUCUGCCCCCUGGUGCCUCACAAGCGGUUGACGGACCUCUCGUCCAGCGAGAUUACCGACCUGUUCUCCACGGUGCAGGUGGUGCAGCGGAUGUUGGGGCGGUAUUACUUUGACGACGGCAACGAGAGGACCCAGAGGAGGCAGAGUUUAGAGAGGGGUAACUGGAACGACGAUAGGAAGUUGUUGCAAACAGGCGGCUCCUUCAACAUCGCCGUGCAAGACGGCCCGGAAGCCGGCCAGACGGUCGGGCAUGUGCACGUGCACGUCAUCCCGCGGAUUCGCAACGUGAGCGCCAAGGAUGCGGAGACGCCGUCGGACGAGCUGUACGAGUGGAUGGCGGAGGAGAAGGGGAACGUGGGAGGGGCGUUGUGGGAUAGGGAUAAUGGGCAUGGUAACGGUGAUGGUGAUGGUGGGCAUGGUCAUCUUCAGCACAGCAGUACUUUCGGGCAGCAGCAGCAAUCUGAGGAUGUUGCCGCGCCUGGACAGCAACAACAAACAAACGGGAGCGAUGUCCAAAAGAAAGAGGUGGAGGCACUUUUGGAAAAGGAGGAGAAGGGCAUGGCGGGACUCCAGGCAAGACCAAAGCCGGGAGGAAGUUUCCCUAGCAUUGAGGAUGCGGCGAGGACGGCGAGGGGGAUGGAGGAGAUGGAGAGGGAGGCGGCCGAGUAUAGGAGGGUUUUGGAGGAGAUGGGGAUAUUGAGUGUAUAG